GAUGCUGAAUGACAGAGGGAAAGUGACAAAAAGGCAGUGACAGUAUAGAGAGGACAUAGAUAGAUAGAUAGAUAGAUAGAUAGAUAUUGGAUCUGUACUCUUUCCCGUGGAGUACACUGCACAUUACCUGAGGACAUCCCCACAUUCUGUGCGCCCACGUUUGUCAACAGGAUCUGCCUAGCUGGAAUGCAUAGAUCUGAGUCAAAUUACUGCAGAGAGGAGACUACCCUGGGUCGAGGCGGUGGAAGUUCAUGGGUCCCUCCUCCGGCUGCUGCUCCUGAGCCCAGCCGAACCUCCAGCUCUCCUGUAGCUCAGGUCAGUCCUGCUCCGAGCCCACAGUCUGGAUAUGGCGGCUACAGCUCCUCUGAUGAGAAGCCUGGUGACCCCCGGAUCAGGCGCCCCAUGAACGCUUUUAUGGUGUGGGCCAAAGAUGAGAGGAAGAGACUGGCACAACAAAAUCCGGAUCUACACAAUGCUGUACUAAGCAAAAUGCUGGGUCAGUCCUGGAAGAGUCUGACCACCAUAGAGAAGCGCCCCUUUGUGGAGGAGGCAGAACGUCUGCGUGUUCAACAUCUUCAUGAUCACCCAAACUACAAGUACCGGCCACGUAGGAAGAAGCAGGCCAAGAAGAUGAAGAGAGUUGAGUCAUCGCCAUUGCUGAGGCGUGAGGGAUUUACUGGAGGACACGCUCCUUCCAAUAUCAACCACUUCCGAGAACUGCAGCCUUUGGUUUCCAAUGAACUAGAGAGUUUUGGGUUGCCAACUCCAGAAAUGUCUCCGUUGGAUGUUCUGGAGCAGGGUGAACCGGCCUUCUUUCCCCCUCACAUGCGGGAAGACAUGGAGCCCAUACCCUUUAGAUCCUACCAGCAUGGCAUUGAAUAUGGCCAAGAGAAGGCCCUGAGGGAGCUGUCUAUACCAUACUCUCCCUCACCACCUCACAUGAGUAAUAUCCUUAGGACUCCACCGUCCACUGCAUUCUACUACACCCCUCACGGUGGCCCUCCAACCUGCACUCCACUGGGCCAGCUCUCUCCACCUCCUGAAGCACCCCAGCUGGACACCAUGGAUCAUCUGAAUCCAUCUGAUCUAUGGGGAGAUGUUGACCGCAAUGAAUUUGACCAAUAUUUGAAUAUGAGCAGGACUCAGGUGUCCAUUCCUGGGUAUCACUUGCCUAUGACCAAGCUGGCUACCGCUAGGACUAUGCCUUGUGAAGAGAGCAGUCUGAUUUCUGCUCUCUCUGAUGCCAGCACCACUAUGUACUAUAGUCCUUGCAUCACAGGAUGACAUGACUCCUGAGUGAGCGCAAACAGCUGGUGUCUAUGGUGGCAGAUGGACACCAGUACGGGGCAGGCGCAGCCCCAGCUCAGUGUUCACCUGGGUGCCAAGUGCAGAUUAUCCCUGUGAUAUCGGGAUGUGGAAUGGGGUCAUUGGAGGACAACACUCUAGUGUCUUUUACUAGGGUACAAGGCAGCAGACAGUGUAAAGGAAUUACACAGUGCUACUUUGCUUUCUGCAUUGGGUGUGCUGUAUUUAAGGGAAACUAGAAGUUAGUAAAUUAGAUUGUACAUAGUGAAUGUUGUAGGACGGAUUGUUAACCACAAGUUCACAUCUUAAGGUAGAAAGUUCAGCAAGUUGCAAAUAGAUGGGAUUGACCUUACACUGGGACCAUAUUAUACAGUAAUGCCUAUGGAGCAGAGCCCAGGAUUUUUUAAUUACAGGUGAUAGGUGCACCUUAAACGGAACCUCUGUACAUUUAUCCAUAUCAUACAUUGAUAAUAGGAUUUACAUUUCUUUCCUGCUACUAUGUGUAUUAAUAUAUUUAUUAAACAUUAGACUGAGACUGAAACUAGUGAUGCCACCACACGAGAUGCCCAUGCCAUUUUAUUUUAGCCAGGUAAUACCUGUUGGCAUCUGCCUAACUUCCCAGUUCACCCAUGAGCAUAAAUAUGAUAGCAAUAGUGGACUAUUUCCAUUUGUCAGAAGGUAGGACAAGAUUACUCCCCAAUCCAUCGAGGUUCAUUGAGAAGCUCUGCUGUAUCUAUGACGCACAUUUGCACCAUACUGCAACUUUAUUGAAAGUCUAAGCCAUAGUCAGCAGGACUAAAACAGCUGCCAUACUUUCCACAAAAGACCUUGACAAGCAGAGGUGUACAUUGAUCUACCUGGGUUCCAAUGUAAAACUGUUAAAAUAAACUAUCAUGUACCAAGAAGGCAUUGGGCACCUAUUGUCCCAUGACCGAGGAGCAACUGCAAUUUUUGCACCCCUAUAAUUACGUUCUGUUGACAGGCAUCCAGACCUUCUGGUUUAGGGUUAUCAUGUUGAAACAAUAUUGAGACUCUUUGAAAACAUAGAAGCAGAAAUAAAGCUUUUGAAAAAUCCUUUUAUCAAUUGUAGGCUAUAAAUUCCAAAAAGAUUGUGUGAUCAAGGGUGGAGGUGCUGAGUUGUAGCAUUGACUGUCUGCUUGCCCGAGCUUCUGAAAAUAAUAAAGCCAGAUGUAGCCUUACAGUCCAUGAUACUGUGCCCAGUCCUGGAUCACCCUCCAGGGCUGCAAUUUUAAGUGACCCACGGACUUGUCCCUGACCAUAGAGUUCGAACCCCGAGAACAGCAGGUCCAUUUAUCCCCCUAGCUGCCGGGAUUCUGGGUAACAUGUUGCACUGGCCUCUCCCGUGUCCUGAGAGGUUCAAUAAGUAUUGUAUUCUAUGUUAUAACAUGUCUUUUUUUUUACAUUUGUAUACCAUUUAAAAGCUGUCAAUGUAACAUUUUUUUUAACGAGGAUUUGACUGGAUGGGUAUUUUUUUAUGAUUGAC